CGCGGCCGCCAUGGAGGCGGUGCCGCGCGUCGCCUUCGGGGUCAUCGCCGACAUCCAGUUCGCGGACGCCGACGAUGGGCACGACUUCGGCGGCAGCCGACGGCGCUACUACCGGCACAGCCUGCGCCUGCUGCGAGACGCGGUGCGGGCCUGGGCCGCCGAGAGCCCGCCGAUCGACUUCGUGCUGCAGCUGGGCGACAGCAUCGACGGGCUGAACGCCCGGCGCGACGAGGCCGAGGGCGCCCUGCGGCAGGUGCUGGAGGCCCUGGGGCGGCUGCCGGUGCCAGUGCACCACGCGUGGGGCAACCACGAGUUCUACAACUUCAGCCGGGCCCGGCUGGCGCAGAGCGGGCUGUGCAGCCGCCCCGCGGGGGGCGCGGCCGGGCCCCCGGACGGGCUGUGCCAGGCCUAUCACUGCAGCCCGGCCGCGCGGCUCCGCCUCGUCGUGCUCGACGCCUACGAUCUGAGCGUCCUGGGCAGGGACCCCGACAGCCCCCGCUACGAGGAGUCCCUGCGGCUGCUGCGGGAGAAAAACACCAACGAGGACCUCAACAGCCCCGCAGGGCUCAAAGAACCUCAGUUUGUAGCAUUUAAUGGAGGAUUUAGCCAAGCCCAGCUGAACUGGUUCGAUGAAGUCCUCAAGUUCUCUGAUGAAAACCAAGAAAAAGUUGUAGUUAUGGGUCACCUGCCCAUUCACCCCGAUGCUUCAGACAGGGUGUGCCUGGCCUGGAAUUACGAAGCUGCCCUGUCUGUCAUCCACUCCCACCGGUGCGUGGUCUGUGUCCUUGCGGGGCACCUGCACGAUGGGGGAUAUUGCCUGGACUCCCAUGGAGUUCAUCACCUGACCUUGGAGGGGGUGAUCGAAACGCCCCCGGAAAGCAAUGCUUUUGGGACUAUUUAUGUCUACGAAGAUAAAAUGAUACUAAAGGGAAGGGGCAGAAUUGCAGACAGAGUUAUGCAGUUCUGAAAUGCCAAGUAAAUACAGAUUGCUCUUCGGGAAGGACUCGGGAUAAAAACGUAGGGGAUUCAGCUUACUGUUUGCUUGUAGAAAGGUGCAUGGCUGAUCCUUAUUGCUCUAGUUCAGGAUAUAGGAUUUUAGAAAUUACCUUUCUGUAAGGAAACAGACCUGAUUUCUUUGUGGAAAAUAGAGAAGGCCAGUAAUUGAAAUAUUGAAUGCAGAAUGUUGACUUGAAACACCUAAUCCAGACUGAAUUUGUUACUGUGAAAAGAUGCAAACCAUAUUAUGAAUAUUUUCAAAAAACCACCCACUGUUAUUCUCUCGGUGAGCAUUAAAGCAUGCAGAGUUGUACCUGCCCAGCCGCA